AUGAAUGUAUUCUUAAAGAAGCCCACAGGCUGGAAGAGUGACGGUUCUUACCUCCGCAGAAGCGCAAACGGACAAAUCAAGGUGAUCCGCCCGGAAGCCGACUCGACGAAGAAAAGCACUACUUCCCAGGGUACCAAGAGCGAUGCUGACCAUAGCAGCAAGGAAGCCAAGGAAAAACGCAAUAAAGAUCUAAUGACGACGAAGGCCGGGCUGAAGUAUCUCAGCUUUAAAACGGGAGGAAGUUUGACGGCCAAGAGCAAGGUUUUCGAUGGUGUGGGAAGGAUUGUUGACGGACGGCGCUGA